AUGAAGGUCAGUCUUUGUGCAUUGUUUGGUGCUGCUGCUGGCGUUGUCCACGGCAUACCAAUUAUGAAACGUGCGCUCAAUGACGCAACCAUUCUCAACUACGCAUUGACGCUUGAACAUCUCGAAGCAACUUUCUAUCAGCAGGGCCUACAAAAUUACACCCAUGAAGCCUUUCUGAAUGCUGGAUUUCCGGACCCCUUCUAUUCCAAUUUGCAAAAGGUUGCAUCAGACGAGCAGACUCAUGUGGCGUUUCUGACAAGUGCUCUAAGCGCCGCGGGUGCCCCAGCAGUUGCACAGUGCAGCUACUCGUUCCCAGCUACUGACCCGAAGGGCUUUAUUUCACUUGCAAAUGUAUUAGAGGGGGUCGGAGUUAGUGCUUACCUUGGGGCAGCUGCUUCUAUCACCAACAAAACAUAUCUCACUGCGGCAGGAAGCAUCCUCUCCGUAGAAGCCCGUCACAAUGCCUACCUUCGGGCUGCACAAGGCCAAAUCCCUUUUGCUCAGCCUUUUGAUAACCCGCUUGAUCCUAAUGAGGUUUUCACGGUUGCUUCGCCUUUCAUUACUUCGUGUCCCUCCACCAACAUGCAGCUUCCAGUGAAAGCAUUCCCCUCUCUAACAAUGGUUCCCAGUGAGAGUGUCACGAACGGAUCCACGGCGACUUUGAUGGCUGGUCCCGGUUUUAACUCCACAAGUACGAACCUGUCAUCCGCGUUUAUAACUGUCACCGGGCCUAUCUGGGCGCCUCUCAAAUCGCUUGGUAAUGGUCAAUUCAUCGUGACUAUUCCUGGAGGUGUCGAGGGUCAGAGCUACAUUGUCUUGACAAAUAGUAUGAGCGGCGUGAGUGAUGAUAAUAUCGUGGCCGGACCAGCCAUAGUUGAAGUGGAGUCAAUGUAA